GGAACGGUCGGUUCUCGAUGCGUGAAACGGAACGGAUGAUUGCGUAUAAUCAUAAACCAGAAAUGACAAGUGUAUACGUAAAUAUUGUUAAUGCUUUAGCAUAUUUUAUCUGUGCACCUUUGUCAAUUGAUUACUCCGCGGGAUGGUAAUUCUUUAAAAGUGAUAGAAGCCCACAUAAGUAUAUAACAACAUGUCAGCAGUAUAUCCAACUGCACCAAAACUGGCAGUAAGAGACAGUAUUGAUGAUGAUGAUUUAACUGACAUCGAUGAUGAAGUAUUCAUCAGGGAUGGCAGAAAUGGUGCAUUGAAGUUAGAUGAUGAUGGUGGAGUUAAGCGGCCCCUUAUGGCACCUCGUAGAAAGUGUAAAAAGUCUUGCAGCUUCCAGACUCAUAAGUUUCCAUACAAAGCACUUCUUAUACCAUUAUGCUAUGGAAUUACAGCGCUAACUAUAGUAUUAGGCUUAAUCAUACUUUGUAUAUUUACUGCAAAUAUAUUUCCUAUGCCAUUAACUAUAUUGAAAAACUGGUUGACGCAUGAGCUAAAGGAUACUAUAAACAAAUCAGAAAUUAUUCCAUGUACGUCACUCUCAUCUAAAGUUUUAUGGAAAAGAUCAUUACCAAAAUUAACUUCUGAGGCACCUCUUAGGAGUAAUGAUGUCAACUUAGAUGGAAUCGAAGAUAUUAUUAUAGGAUUCAGUACAGGUUUGGAUACCUUGGAUGCAUCACAAGAUAUUUGUACUGUAUACUUUGGGAAUCAAACACCAUGUUUGGGUGGAGUGUUGGCACUAAAUGGCAAAACAGGUGAAACCAUUUGGACACAUUGGACCGCCCACGCAAUAUUUUCUAUCGAUUGUGGUGUCGAUUUAACAAGCGAUAAAGUCAAAGAUUGUAUCAUAUCUGGACGUGGUGGGAUACUACAAGCUAUCAACGGUCAUGAUGGCUCCAACAUUUGGGAGAUGCCGAUACAAAACCCAGCAACGUCCUUAGGCCAACAAAGAAUCUUAGAUGUAUACGACGCGAGAUUUAUGGCGGAUAUGGAUGGUGACGGUAUCGGCGAUGUAAUAGCAUCGCAUGCCAUGCAAACUGAUAACAUUCGCAUGAGCAACAUGCUAAUUAUAUCGGGGAAAAGUGGCAGUAUUAUUCGCAACCUUAAUUUACCAGAGUCAGAACAGUUAUUCAUAGCACCUCAGAUUCUGGUUCAUCCUGAUGGAGAAAACGUGUUUGUUCUAGCUACGAAUAGUCAGAAACAGGCUGGAGGAUUAUAUAUAGUGUCUCAAGGAAACAUAUUUUAUGGUGAUCUGCAAUUGCGUGAACUCUAUCAUAAUACGGGAAAGGGCGCAUUGUUACCACCGAUUCUGGUCGAUAUCACGUUAGACGAAAUCGAGGAUAUUGUCGUAGCCAUGUUCAAUUCCACGAUCAUGGCCUACAAUGGAUUAACAUUCGAGCCUAUCUGGAAUUAUACGGUUCCCAAUUCUGAGGUGAUCAGCAUUCCGAUCCCCGGUUACUACAACGACGACGACGUACCAGAUUUUAUGGUGAAGCAUCAAAUAGGCGCUGGUUUCCCCACGUAUUAUUACACCGUAGCUACAAUCGUGGAUGGUCGCAACGGGCAAUCCUUACUUGAGAAACCCAUGGAGGAUAGCCUGAGCAGGCAGAUGUCCGGACUCUCGAUCACAGUCGACGGUUACGGUAACGACUGGUUUUUGCAUUGGUCCGCCGAUUGCUUGAACUAUGAGGGUAUCAAAGAGAAAUAUCAGUUCCUGAAAGGUCAGAGCCUUAUGUCGCAAACACACGCCGAUCUUUGCCGGUUGCGAUUUAAUUCGACGUUGAUCACGAAACUGUUAGCUCUUAGCCAGCAUGUCGGUCCACCCGGAGUGCAGCUGUACUUCUCGGAAGACUGGAAGUCGUUGGAGUUAAACAAUUCGAUAGAUCCGCGGCAGGAAGCGGAGAGAUAUUGGGACAGUCAUCCUCGACCCGAGGUCAUGGAUACAUACGCGGACAUACCGCUAGUCUCUGAGAGAUCGCCCAAAGUUCAUAAGAAUCACCGGAAAGAUGGCAUUUUCAGGCACAAAGAUAACAAUUUGCUUGCAGAGAUUGGUAAGUACGAUUCGGAUGCGGUUUACGAGAAUUUUGAUGAAUUCAAGAGUCACAAGAGUCGCGAUUCUGCUGAAAAUGACGCCGCGGAUAACUUGGAUGUGAAUCGAAUGUGGAAACAUGAUGACAAAUGGACAAAAGAUAACGCACAGUUAGAUAAGGAAUACGAUGGUAUGUAUGGGGCCGAUGACGGAGGUAACAACGAGGAUGGAGAGCAGAGUAUGGAUUAUUCGCAAGCCAUAAUGCGGGAGCAGAGGAGUGUUUCCUCCGGAAUGGCUCUUGGAAAUUCCAACUCGACAAAUAUUUCCCAAAGAGAAAACAUCUCUGAAGAAACGAAAGAGGUUACGAGGAACGAAGUCGACACGAUGAAUAUAAUUGUAAAAUUUCAAGAAGAGAUAUCAUCGACUACGUCGAACACUGAAUCGAGAAGCAACGUUAAAGGAACUACUUUAGGUGUAAGUACAACGGAUACAUCAGCAGUUACGAGUGAGCCUACUAGGCUAAAGAAUACAAAAGUGGACUUUGAAGCAUCAAAAGUCAUGCAUGGAAUAGAAAUACUUGGUGUUACAGAAAGCCAGAAGAACACAGAUUAUCAAGAGAGAAAUACCCCGCGUACUGAUAAAAUUGCGGAUAUAACGCAACAGAAACAGAUUUACAAAGAUGAUUUUUCCAACAUUUUCCAGGACAUAGAUGAUGAAGCAAGCAUAGAGAAAAUAUUUAAACGAGAAUCGCUCAAAAAUCUAAAUAAAAACAAAGAUAACAGGAAGCAAACUUUAACAUCGUCGUCGGUAGCGGAUAAAACUUACAAGAUACGACUGAAGCGACAAAUAAAAGGAAAAUUGGAAGUCAAUGGCGGUCGGUCGAGUGAAAUUAAUGGUAUUCAGAAGCAACCUCCGACCGGCAUUCUGUUGCCGUCUAUCGCUAAAUCCAAGGGAAGGACUUCUGUCGAUUUGAUAUUCUCCACAUUCUGGCUACCAUCGUCCGAAGUGUCUCUCAUUUUAUCACAAAAGGAUCUGGAGUGUAUCCAGAAAGCAUUGUCGGAAAAUAAACUACAAUACAAGAAGGAGGAUGACAUUGUCAAUGAGUGUCUGUUAGAACGUGGUGUCAAUUAUAGACUAUAUCAAGAAUCGAUGGAUAGGGAAAACACAAGAAUUCCACUCGGUCAAAUGACGAUAUAUAGAAUGAAACUGGAAUGUGUGUGCCCAGAAGAUAUGUUACCUAAUCAAAUCUGCAAAAAUAUCUCCUUGUAUCAGAGCUGGCCUGCGCACCUAGGCUCUUCCGGGAAUGGCCAUUUUAAACCAUUACGUAGGUUAAAUAUCUGAAAAUUAGAUCGUGUCUAGCUAUACGAGCCGAGUUGAGAAAAUCUUUACAUUGCUAACGAAGAUGUUAUUGAAUAACAGAAUUAAAAGAACUCUUAGAUAGCUUUAUCUAUUGUUUGUAAAACUAUACAAGUAACAAGUUCGUGACUGUAAUCAAUUGUUAUAUAAGAGUAAUUUAUAUUGAUAUUUAUAUGCAAUUUGCUAUACAUAUAGGGUGUAUAAAAAGUACUGGGACGGAGAAAUAUCACAAAAACUAUAAGCAUUUUAGAAAAAAAUGUUUCAAAUAAAAAUUGUAGGGUUUUAAAAGAUCUAUUUACUGACAUUAUGAGCUUGACCUUGGGUGGCGUCGCCAAGGUCAGGACAAGGUCACCUUGAACUUUUUAAUUGGGAACCCGUAUUUUUCAUCACAUAUUCUUGUAGCUCUUCUUCAGACUUUUUCAAAAUACUAUAAUUUUUUCUACUUUGAGUAAGCCGUUUCGAAGUUAUCGAACUUUUUAUGAUAAGAUGUCCAACCAAUCAAGGCAAAAUCAAAGAAGUAUCCAGCUAGCCCAAGUAAGAUCCUUACAAAAGCGUUUGAGAAUAAUGUUAAUCUCUAAAAGAAAAAGUAAAGUCUAACGAAUAAGCUAGGAAACAAAAAGAUUUAUCCAAUGAACAGAAAUUUGUAUUAAUUAGAUAACAAAAUCAAUAAUUCAAUUAAAGAAAAAUAAUUUAUUUUUUUCAUAUGAAACAACGCGUAUUAUGUACAAAUAAUAUGUUCUACUUCAAGUCAAAUUCAUUGCAAUUAAUUUGAAACGAUUCGAAGGUGAAUUUUAGUGUUGUUAUAAAUUUAGUAUAUUAGUAUUAUUUUUUAAUAUUACAUAUGUCUGAAAUAUAAGUCACGAAAUUGCUUCAGCUGCUGGCUGAACAUCUUAUCAUCAAAAAGCUCGAUAACUUCGAAACGGCUUAUUCAAAGUGGAAAAAAUUAUAGUACUUUGAAAAGAUCUGAAGAAGGGCUACAAGAAUAUGCAAUAAAAAAUAAGGAGUCCCAUUUAAAAAAUUCAAGAUGACCUUGUUCUGACCUUGGUGACGCCACUCAGGAUCAAACUUAUAAUAUCAGUAAACAGAUCUUUUGAAACUCUACAAUUUUUAUUUGAAAUAUUUUUUUCUAAAAUGUUUAAUUUUUGUGAUAUUUCACCGUCCCGGUACUUUUUAUACACCCUGUAUAUACUUAGUAUAUAGGGGUAUUAUUGUUCGUAGUUGCCACAAUUGACAAAAUGUUUCAGUUUAAUUUUCCUCAUUUCAGCGUUUAAUUUUCCUCUGAGAAACAACUGUCUCUCCUUAAAAUAUCUCUCAAGAUUCUCUAUUAAAAGAAGAUCGAUAUAAUUGCACUGUUUGUUCAUUGAAUGAAUUGAUAAUGAAAUGUUUUUUGGGACGCAAUUAUGAAUUACAUAUUUGCGUGUUUCAUUAUUAGUGAGGUUACCUUUUAUUGUUGAAUCCAUCGCUAAAGUGAGCCUCACCAGUAACGAAACAUGAAUAAUAAGAAUGUAGAAAGAUGUCAAAAUGUAUAGUUGCCAACGCUAAGAUCGGCUCUGGUUAAAAAUGUAAUGCUGAUAUUUGAAGAGUAUAAAAUAUACGUUACUCAUCAAAG